GAUUUAUUAUUAUAUUUUCAAGUUUGAGCUUAACUUUCAAUCUUUAAUACCUAAUUUCGAAGAUCAGAAAUUUAUACGAGACAAAUUCCUGCAGACGAUUCGUUUUAUGAGGCCGCUGUACUUUUAAUUUCUCCGCAAACUAUCCUACGCCUUUAUACCGCAUGCUAAUACACAAUCCAAUCUUUUUAACCUCCGUUGCUUAUCUGAUGUUGCGUUUCCGCACAAUUACUUCCACACUUUUCGUAUGUCCGUCCUUAAUUGUAAAGACUGACCAGCAUGCAUACCGACAUACGAAUUUAUUUUCUCUCUUGUAAUUGCAUUUUUUUCCAUUCCAGCACAAUCAACGGCACGAGCGUUAUUGAAAUUUAUUGCGCAGAAAAACCAGAAGAUAAGAACUUAUCCUUACGAUUUUUGUUUGGGAAAGAAGAUAGAAUAAACGCAAAUUUCUUGUAGCUAUAGAUGCUAAACGUGAUAAUUUGAAGAAAAUACGCAAAUCUUACGUAGGUCUUUUAAAUUCAAAAUUCAUGCUUGCUUCACGUUAUUACAAGAUUUUAUUGUUAUUUGAAAUUUCAAACUCUCGCCUGACGAUCUAUUUAUCGAUCAUCUUCGCAAUAUAAUGUCGCUUUAUUUCUUCUUACGUACUACAAAAGAUGGCUACACCAUCGCCAUAGCACGUUCAAAGUUCAAACAUAACCUAAUACUUACGCAUUAUCGAAUGAUAUAUUUAUGGACACAUUUUAGUUUUAGAUUUCAAUCAUAUAUAAAACUAAAUUUAAUAUUGUGAUUUUGUAAUUACGUAAACCGUUAACUGAAAUAAACCUCAUUGUGAAAUGCCGCCAAAAUCUGCACUGAAUUCCAAACGCAACAAAAACAAAAAGAGCGUAUCAACAUGCGUUUCUCCUAGAACAGACGCUAGUAAUGCAAGCACUUUGAAUCCAGAAGUGGAGGACCGUUUUGAAUUGGAAUUAUGCUGGUGCAUACAACAAAUGGAAGCAAGCCUAGCUGGCGGCAAACUUCAGGAGAAGCAAGUGCAGGAACUCAGUAAACAAUUACAUUCGUUGAAGAGUAACACUGCGCCGUUAGUAAAAAAGAGACAAAUAAUGAGAAAUACAUUGGGAGAUUACAGAGAGAAAAUGGCUGAGGACGAGCGAAAAUUUAGCAAAACUGUAUCGACUGUUAAGUUCACUGGUUCUACCUCAUUAGAAAAGAAAUCAAUAUUUAUUAAGAAAGCUACUGGAUAUAGUACACAGAAUUCUAAUAGACAAACGGAUGAUCAUGGAACACAAAAUAUAUUACAAAGUACAGAGCAGGCUGUUUGUAAUAGUAAUAAAACUGAAAGUCCAUUUAAAUUCAAUUUCUAA